AUGCCAAUGACGUCCGAUUUAUCUAUUACCCAUACAUCAUCAAUUAAAGAUCGUUAUAUUAUAUUUAAAAAAAAACUUUAUUCUCGUCUUGAUUCAUAUUAUGAUCGUUUAUUUGAUAAUUAUGCAAAAUUUUUAUUAAAAUAUGCUUGGAGUCUAUUAUGUUUUAGUAUAUUAAUAACAAUUGGUUUAACAUUAUGUUUAUAUUGGGCACAAUUAAUUCCUGUUGAUGAAAAUGAUUUAAAAAUAAAAAAUAGUCCAGCUGAAUAUAAUGAACAUAGAAUAUUAAAUAUAUUUGGUAAUGAUGCAGGAUUUCGAGUUUAUCAACAAGUUAAAUUACGUCCAGCAUUAGAUAUUAUUCUUAAACGACGAUCAACAAAUGGUUCAACAAAUAUGUUAGUAAAAGAAGUUAUUGAUCAGAUGCGAAUAUUGGAUGCCUAUAUUCGUUCUAGUACAAUUGUUUUUAAUAAUCAAACAUAUAGUUAUCCACAAUUAUGUAAUAAAGAAGAAAAUAGUCAUGUAUGUUCGAUGGAUGGUGGUUAUUUAUUGUCAGAUGAUUUUUAUAAAAAAUUUUCUCAUAUGGAAAAUGUAAAAUCGGGCAUUUAUUUUGACGCUGAAACGGGUCAAUCAGGUUAUCGAAGUUUUAUAUUUGGUAAAAAUUAUAAAAUAAUUGAAGAAGAAAUUAUAUCAGAAGAAGAUGAUUAUGUUGAUGAUGAAGCCAUUAAUAUAACAACAAUGAUAAUGACAAAAAAACAAAAAUUAAAAGAAAUUAUUUCUUAUGCACCAUUAUUACGUUUAAGAUAUAAUUUAGAUGCAAAAAAUGGUUCAAUAGAACAAGCUGUAUUAAAAUGGGAAAAAUUAAUUAUUGAAAAUUUAACAUUAUUAAAUGAUAAUUUUAGUGAAUUAGAUAUUUAUGCAUCGGUAUCAACAAUUAUUAAUAGUGAAAUAACAAAAUAUGCACGAUUAGAUGCAAAAUCAGUUGGUAUUAUGAUUAUUAUAUUUUUCUUAUGCACAUGUUUAUGGAUAGGUAUUGAAGGAAAUUGGGUAACAUCUGUUGGAUAUUUACCAUUAUUUGGUAUCAUUGGAUAUGCCCUAUCGACUGGUGCUGCAUUUGGAUUUCUAACAUUAUGUAAAAUGAGUCUAUUAGAACCAAUGACAAUGUUAAUGUUAGUUGUUGCAAUCAUCGAUUGUAUUCGAAUUUCAAUUAUUUGUAAGGAAUUACAUGGAAUUUCUAAUUAUCUUUCAUCUCAAUUGCCAUUAUCAAAAUCAUCAAAUGAUGAUGAUUUAAUCAAAAAACGUCUUCAACAAACUCUUAAACAUUCUGAACUUCCAUUUUUUUGUACUACUCUCACAUUGUGUACACUCUAUUUACUUCUCGGUUUAUUGUCUCAAAUUGUGAGUAUUCGAAUAUAUUCAUCUGGAUUUUGUAUUUAUUUAUUGAUUAAUUAUUUGGUUCAUUUAACAUUUUUUUUAUCAUGUUUAACAAUUACAUGUAAACGAAUCGAUUCAAAUCGACAUUCACUUAUGUGUUUUAAAAUGAAUCGAUCAAAUUCUUCAUCAUCACCAUCACCAUCAUCAUCUAUCACUAAUCGUUGUCAUCAUUAUUUUCGUUCAAUUUAUGCUAAAAAAUUUGGCUAUAUUAUUUGUUUAUUAAGUAUUAUUUUAUUUGUCUAUUCAUUAUUAACUGCACUCAAAAUUGAUACUCGAUUAUUUGAUUCUCAGUUCAUUCCACAACAAUCUCGAUCAUUACGUAUGUAUAUGUCAUCACUUGAACAUGAUUUUGAUAUUGGUCCAACAAUUAUGUUUACCAUUCCAUCAACACUCGAUUAUCGAAAUCCAAUAAUACGAGAAAAAAUGCAAAAAGUUAUUGAAAAAUGUCGAAAUGAAUCAAUUACAACAAAUUUUUAUUUAAUUUGGUUAGAGACAGAAGAUUUAAAUCAAUUGUUAAGUUCGACGGAUAAUGCAAAAUCAUUAAUAACACCAUUUUCAACAAAUGAUAUUCUAUUAGAAAAUCAAACAGUUAAAGCAUCAAGAUUCUAUUGUCAAUUUAAAACUAUUCAAGGUCGACGUUCGGAUAUUAUAACAAUGGAUAAUAUGUAUCGUUAUAGUCGUGAAAGUGGACUCAAUGGUCUCUUUCCCUAUUCACUUGUUUUUUCACAUUAUGAAACAUUAAAAGAAAUUCAUCAUGAACUAUUUUUACUAUGUCUAUUAUGGUUUCAUUUAUUACUUAUAUUUACACUUAUCUUAUUUUUAUCCAUAAGAUUGACUCUUACAAUUACAUUCCAUUAUAUUUGUUUAUUAUCAACAUUGUUCACAUGUUUAUAUUUAUUUCAUUCAUUAACAAUUAAUUUUGCUAAUACAUUUCUUUUAUUCAUUAUACCGGGUAUAUUUAUUGAUUGUUUUAUACAUUAUGCAUAUACAUAUCAAAGAAAAAUAAAUGGUGAAAAUAUAAAAACAUAUCAGUGUCUAUUUGGUUAUGAUCGUAUAUUUUUAUCAUUAUUACUCUCAUUAAUUGCUCUAAUAUUUUUUCAAAUUCAAAGUUAUACAUUUAUUGUAUUAAGAAAUACUUUAUUCUAUUACAUUUUAUUAGCAUUUCUACAUUUAAAUAUAUUUUUCCCAUUAUGGUUAAAUUUAUGUAAAUCAUCAACAAAUAAAGGUGUUUCAACGACAACAACACAAACAAAUCAAAUUCCAAUAACAUCAAUUGAUAGUAAUGGAAAUGGUGUUGAACAAACAUUAUUAACUACAUCGAAUGGUACACUCGACAAUAGUCAUUCUUAUCAUAAAAAUGGUUUUAUUAUGAAUGAACCUCAAAAAUCAUCAUAG